AUGACGAACCAGCCCAGCGACAAACUCUCACGAGAUUUAAGGUGCCCAAAGCCCGGAGAAGAGGGCCAGGCCACGCAGGUAAUGGCAGACACGGGUGAGGGCAGCUUGGAGCCUGUUGCGCUCUCACUGCCCCAGUUUCCAGGAGAGGAGGUGGGCGCACCCCAGGACCCUGCAGACUGUUGUCAUACUCUCCAGAUCCUAGUCAAUGGGGAUCACAGUCUCCAAGCCACCGAAGCGGGACAAGAAGUGGCGCCACCACCUAAGGAGGGCCUGGAAGCAGCUUCUGCCUUCAUGACAACUGACGGCAGCCUCAAAAAUGGUUUCCAGAGUGGGGAGAGGCGAGGCCCGGGUGGGGAGAAGACUCCAGAAACCUGUGACUCAGGGAGUUCGAGGAUUGAGGUGAUGGCCAAGGCCAAGGCCUCGGAGACUGAGAAGUGGACCACCCUCUCAGUGGCAGUGGAUGCGAAGCCAGUAGGUGGAGAAAUGCAAGUGGUGGAAGAAAACAAAGGGGUAGAUGAGGUGAAAGAGGUGGCGGAACCCCAGCCCCGGAAUGUGGACCCCGUUUUGAACCCCCUGGAGGCCAUCCAGGUGGAACUGGACCAAGUGAAUGCUCAGGCCAACAGGGCCUUUCUCCAGCUGGAGCGCAAGUUUGGGCGGAUGCGUCAGUACUACCUGGAGCAGAGAAACUACAUCAUACAGAAUAUCCCAGGCUUCUGGUUCAAUGCUAUCCGCAACCACCCACAGCUCUCUCCCAUGAUUAGGGGCCAAGAUGCCGAGAUGCUAAGGUACAUAACCAAUUUGGAGGUGAAGGAGCUCAGACGCCCUAAGAUGGGCUGCAAGUUCAAGUUCUUCUUUAGAAGAAACCCCUACUUCAAAAAUAAGCUGCUCGUCAAGGAGUAUGAAGCCAGAGUCUCUGGCCAAGUGAUGUCUCUUUCAACUCCCAUCCUAUGGCGCGAGGGCUAUGAACCCCAUUCCUUCAUCGGGAGGAACCAAGAUGUCGUCUGUAGCUUCUUCACGUGGUUUUCAGACCACAGCCUUCCAGAGUCCGACAGGAUUGCCGAGAUUAUCAAAGAAGACCUGUGGCCAAAUCCACUGCAGUACUACUUGUGGCGGGAAGGGGCGCGUGGAGUUGGACAUCUCCAGAUAAGGGAGCCAGUGGAGAUCCCCAGGCCCUUCGGGUUUCAGUCUGGUUAA